UUGUGAUCAAUUUUAAUGGACAGGAAUGAGGAACCCUCUCUGUACAAGGGGUUAUUUCUUGCCAAAGAUGAGGAGGUAUCAGCCUUUCUCAACAAUGUCAGAGGCAGCAGCAUGACAAGAGCAGAUAACAGUGGAACAUGUGGCGUUUCAAGGUUCAGGGCGAGUAAGGAGACGUCAAAAAAAUCAUCGUCCAAAAUAGAUGAAGAGGGGAUACAAGUGGCAGCCUGCAGACACGGGAUAUUGCUGCGAGGACUGAACCACUACCGUGGCGAGGUCUUCGCCUACCCAAUGUUUUUACAGAGGGAAUUGUCAGAGAGGGCCAAUGUCACUUUCUUCUGCCUGGAUGUUGUCUGCAGGUACUGGCCAUACCUAAGCAAAGUGACUGAAGAAUCAUCAGAUCUUCAACCGCUGAUGGAAAUGAGGCCAUUUCUCAGUGUGAUGCAUGCCAAAGCUCAUACAGCAAAAUGCGAGGUGAGAUGGGGCGGCAGGAAUCAGGAUGGAGCAGGGAACACUGUUGGAGAGGAAGUUGAGCAAGUAAACAGCUUUCUCUCCAGGGCAGCUCUUGUCACAAAGUACAUGACAAAGGCAGGGAGAGAGAAUAUGCUCACUCAACAGGCCAUGGGGUGGAACAGAAAAAAGACAGAGAACCUUCACAAAGUCUUGGCCCGCAGAUACAUCAAAAUCUCCGAGAGGGCAAAGCUGGAAGCUGCCAGCUUCAGUGAUUUCUGCCAGAAGAAUGACAUCACUGAACAAACAGCACAGCAGUGGGUGGGUGAUGUUCAGCAGUGGGCAGUCACAGAGCCAGUUAGCACAACAGAACAGGGAGCAACAGAGGAUCUCAGGGCUGAGAUAGAGAGCAUCAUAGUGGCCCUGCUACGCAAGAAGCAUGACCUCUAUCGUCAGAAUGCAAUUGCAGAGGAUACAAUUGACGAGGAGUUGGCCUUCAAUUUGACAGAGGACUACAUCCUGCCUUGGGAGAGACGUGAGGAUGGUCGCUCCUUCAGGUUAAAACGGUCUCUUUUUGACCAAAUGAUGCUAGUUAGACGCCUUGAGGAGGAGCAGAGUAUCCUGGUGAAGGAGAUGUCUCAGCACAUCACGUCUCUUCGUAAGGAGAUAAAGGGAGUGGAGAAGCUAAAAGAGAACAUCAGAAUGGGCUAUUUUGGUGACAUGUCAGAGGAUGCUGCAGCUGGUUUCAAACGUGUCCUCAUGCGGAGGUCCUCUGCACUGAAGAGUUUAUGCCAACAAGCUGUGAGCACGUAUAGUGCUAUAGUUGAUGACCUCCAGAUGCAGGACACAGAAUGCAGAACGGACACUGAUGACGAAUAUGACUUUAGUAGUCCAGAGUCAGAAGAAGAUUAGAAAGGAGACCACUCUGUUUUGUUU